CGAUACAUACAGCUCGGGUCACAUGACGCGAUUAGGUCUCUGCAGCAUGAGCUCAGCUUUCUGCUGCUCGUUAGCUACAAACAUUUCUGCUGCUAACUAGCUCCCGAUUUUGCCAUCUAAAUAUCCUCCGAGUUAGAAAAGUAGCGUAACUUCAUAGCAGAGUAUUUUGUAGAAGACCAAUCUUAGAGCUAUAUAACACGGAAUCGCGCUUUUAGACAUAUUUUGAGAGCUUCUCUGUGCUAGCUAGCUAAGGUUAGCACGUUUGCUAACGUGAACACCAACAUGAAUAUUGACAACGUUAAUCAGUCUGUCACAACCGGGGUGUCUUCUACGACGUCUUCAACUGCAAGUAAUUGUAUCGCAAAUGAUAAUGCAACAACUAACGUCAGCAGCAUCCCUUCGGUCACGAGUAAUGCUUCAACCUCAGCGGCCAUGGUGACACCAUCAGCAGACUCAUCUGUCUCCAACGGCGUCUAUGUUCCUGGUGGCAUCACCAAUGGAGAUGUGAAGCCUGCCCUCUCCACCACGCCUCUGGCAGAUUUCCUCAUGCAGCUGGAAGAGUACACUCCCACAAUUCCUGAUGCAGUUACAGGCUAUUACCUCAACCGGGCUGGCUUUGAGGCUUCUGAUCCAAGAAUAAUCCGUCUGAUCUCCCUUGCUUCUCAGAAGUUUAUCUCAGACAUUGCCAAUGAUGCACUGCAGUACUGUAAAAUGAAGGGCACGGCCUCAGGAAGCUCAAGGAGUAAGACAAAGGAUAAGAAGUACACUCUGACUAUGGAGGACCUGACUCCUGCCCUCACAGAAUACGGCAUCAAUGUCAAGAAACCAUAUUACUUUACAUAAACCUGUCUUCCUUUAAGGCUUUUUGCUAGUUUUAUCUCCCUGCUGACCCACUAGAGUCCGUCGACACCCUGAUUGCUAAUUUUUUUUU